CACACUUUUUCUUCUUCUUUCUUCUUUCUUUCUUUCUAUGUGAUGAAUGAAACUCUGGCCUGGUUUGUUGUUAACCAGGUCCUCACCAACUCUUAAAAUCUUAACACCUUUUUCCUAACACGUUCCCUCUUCCCUUUGAAUUUCUCGUUUUCUUUCCACAAUGAACGACCUUCUAACGGAAUCAUUUGACAUCCCACGUCACAGAGGUGGUGACAUUGAGUUAGGAGAAUAUGCGAGGAAUUCAGGAGAACUGGGCUUGGAAAGUUUCUUCAGAAAGGUUCAAGAGCUUGAUAAGCAUUAUGCUAAGCUGGAUAAGCUUUUGAGAAAUCUCCAGGAUGCCCGUGAGGAAGCCAAAGUUGUGACUAAGGCUUCUUCCAUGAAGGCUAUAAAGGAGAAAAUGGAGAAAGAUGUUGAUGAAGUUAAGAAAACUGCAUAUUUCAUAAAGUCCAGAAUUGAAGAAUUGGACAAAGAGAAUUUGACAAACAGGCAAAAGACUGGAUGUGGAAAAGGAUCAGGGGUUGACCGCUCAAGAACAGCAACAACCAUUUCUUUAAAAAAGAAACUGAAGGAUAAAAUGGCAGAAUUUCAGACCCUAAGAGAGGUCAUCCAUCAAGAGUAUCGUGAGGUUGUUGAGAGACGAGUUUUUACAGUUACGGGCGCAAGAGCCGAUGAAGAGACAAUUGACAGAUUAAUUGAAACUGGAGAUAGUGAACAAAUUUUCCAGAAGGCAAUUCAGGAACAAGGACGAGGCCAGAUAAUGGACACCUUGGAUGAAAUACAAGAGCGACACGAAGCAGUUAGAGAUGUUGAGAAAAAGCUUCUUGAUUUACAACAGAUAUUUCUGGAUAUUGCGGUGUUAGUGGAUGCCCAAGGAGAAAUGCUUGACAACAUUGAAACACAGGUUUCAAGUGCAGUGGAUCACGUGCAGCAAGGUAACACUGCCCUUGUUAAAGCCAAGAAACUUCAAAAGAACUCUAGAAAAUGGAUGUGUGUUGCAAUCUUGAUACUUCUCAUUUUUAUUAUAAUCAUCGUUGUCUCUGUCAUCAAACCAUGGGUUCACAAAAAUGGUGCAUAAUUGCAUAACUUAUAUGCCAUCAUUUUCUUUUUUCCUGAUC